CUGGUUUAGUUUCACACGGCCUCGUUGGAGCUUCGGGAUCCGCUGCGAUCUUCCUCCAGUCUGUGGUUCAUCUUUACGUCCCAGGCGGUCGAUAGCCAGAGAUCCCGCAGGACACCCGAACAUCAGUGCCAUGCUGCUUCUCAGACGUUGCCCCAGCCUGACUCGAUUUGCCCCCCUCAACUCACAAAGUAGGCGUCAGGCGUCUCCUGUCGCGGCGUCUUGCGCAGCGCGUCUCUGCAGCAGCUACAGCGAAGACAAGAGGUCGUACCAGCACGGUCCCCGGUGGAAACAUGUCCUGGCGGGGGUCCUGGCCGGCACAGGAGCGGUGCUGGCCUACAACCUGCACCAGCACAAGGCUGAACGGGUGGAUUCCACCGUACAGACCGUAGAGACGAGCGCCUCCCUUCCCUUCUUCAGCCAGGAGGAAGUCACAAAGCAUCGCUCGCUGGAACAUGGUGUGUGGGUCACUUACAAAGGCGGCGUCUAUGAUAUCACGGAGUUUGUGGCCAUGCACCCCGGCGGGGAGAAGAUCCUGCUAGCGGCCGGCGGGGCCCUCGAACCCUUCUGGUCUCUGUACGCCGUGCACAGCCAGGAGCACGUGCUGGAGAUCCUCUCUGAAUACAAGAUUGGUAAUCUGAACGUGGACGAUGUGAAGAAGCAGCAGUCGGUGGUCUCGUCGGACCCCUACUCCUCUGACCCGGAGCGCCACCCGGUCCUGCACGUCAACAGCCUGAAGCCCUUCAACGCCGAGCCGCCUCCUGAAAUCCUCUCGGACAGCUUCAUCACGCCCUCGCCGUUCUUCUUCAAGAGGAACCACCUGCCGGUGCCGCAGGUGGACCCGGCGUCGUACCGGCUGCAGGUGGAGGGGCUUCCCGGAGGGGCGCUGACGCUGUCUUUACAAGACCUGAAGACCCGCUUCCCCAAGCACACCGUCACCGCCACGCUGCAGUGCGCCGGCAACCGCCGCAGCGAGAUGAACAAGGUCAAGCAGGUGAAGGGGCUGAACUGGGGAAUAGCCGCCAUCAGCAACGCCACGUGGAGCGGCGCCCGGCUCAGGGACGUGCUGCAGGCCGCCGGCUACAGAGCGGACGUGGCUCAGUGGGCUCGCCACGUUCAGUUCGAGGGGCUGGACAAAGACGUGACGGGGACGACCUACGGCGCCUCCAUCCCUCUGAACAAGGCGGUCAGCGAGGACGGCGACGUGCUCCUGGCCUACGAGAUGAACGGCGAGGAUCUCCCCGCCGACCACGGCUUCCCUGUGCGCGUGGUGGUGCCCGGCACGGUGGGCGCCCGCAACGUGAAGUGGCUGGGCAGGAUCAUGGUCAGCGCCGAGGAGAGCGGCAGCCACUGGCAGCAGAACGACUACAAAGGCUUCUCUCCCGGGACGGACUGGGACACGGUGGACUUCAAGUCCGCCCCGGCCAUCCAGGAGCUGCCCGUCCAGUCCGCCAUCACCGCCCCGGCGGACGGCGCCGCGGUCGACCGCAGCGCGGAGACGCUGACCGUCAAGGGCUACGCGUGGAGCGGCGGGGGCAGGGAGGUGGUGCGCGUGGACGUCUCUCUGGACGGGGGGAAGACGUGGCAGGCGGCGCGGCUGCGGGGCGGCGAGGAGGAGCAGCAGCACGGCCCCCGGCCGGCGCCCCCGCCGGGCCGGGCCUGGGCCUGGAAGCUGUGGGAGCUGGAGGCGCCGCUUCCCCCCGACGCCCAGCGCAUGGAGAUCGUCUGCAAGGCGGUGGACAACAGCUACAACAUGCAGCCCGACUCCGUCCCCCCCAUCUGGAACCUGAGAGGAGUGCUGAGCAACGCCUGGCACCGAGUGCAGGUGGAGAUACGGGAGGAUGAGGAGGAGGAGGAAGCAUAGACUCCGGGGUUGAAACCAUCUUUUAGUAAUUUAUAUGCUACAAUACAGUCAUCACAGCAUGGCCUGUGUCUUUAAUCCUCAUUUUAGACGCAGAGGAAGACGACACAGGAAGCUGUUUCUUAAGGCUUCGAGGAAUUCAUGCAAUCGCAAUGCUGGAGAAAUCCCCAAGAUUUACAGCAGAAUGACCAAACAGCAGCUGUAUCUGGAGUUAAGUCUGUUCAGACUCUAAGUGAAGGAGUGCUGUGGUUGUUUUAUAAUCGUGAUUUCUUCUAGGAAAUUUUUAUUUUUGUGAUCAGUUUCAGGGUUUUUAAUGCUGAAGACAAACACAGAGCUCAAAGGUUUAUUAAUGUAAUGAUCAACAUGCAGCCUCAUUGAAAAGGCUCGUUUUAGGUACGUAUUUUGAAUUUAAUAUAAAUGUAAAGGAUUUAUUUAAUCACUUUGAAAUAGAGGGAAGUUAUAUUGAUUUUGGUGCUGACAACACUGAUGAAGACUACAGAAUGCUGAAUAUUUAAAACUUGAAGGAGUUACAUCAUCUGAAACUGCAUCUUCGAUGAGAAGUAUUUAGUUUUUUCCAAGGCUGACCGCAAUAAAUUUUUAUGUGGGUAAAUAAUGUUUUACUAACAAUCAGUGCUGGAAGUCGUCACUACUUGAUCUGGGUGAUCUUCGGCCCUCUGCCUGGUUCACCCACUCGGUUUAUAGAAGGUACUGUUCCUGCUGCAGAGGUAACAUGAAGUGCUGGACCUCACCGUGAGGGCGGAGCUGAGGCUCAGCUGUGUUUACGCUGCAGCACAUCGCAGAAGUCUGUGCUGCUUCACCUCACUGCACUUUUUUUUUUUUCCUGUCCCGUCUUGUGCCAAGUGUCUGUGUUCUCCGUCAGAAGAAGCCCGAACCAAACAACAGCAGUAGAGUUUUUUAAGUAACUGAAGUUGUGAAUAAUGCAAAAGGAUGGAAAAACAGCAGUGAGAGUGUUGACCUGAAUAUUCACAUCUGUUGAGUCAUUCCAGUCGUAUUGAAGGUGAAAUCCUGAGUUACUGUUAUUCUGCACAGUCCUGUAAUGUCCACAGUGCAUUUUUUGAAGUGUCAGCUGUGCAUUAUUGUUGUUGGUGGUUAAUAAACCUCUAAUUUUA